AUAAUACUUUACAAUUUAUUAAAUGUAAUCGCUGUUAAUAACGAUGAGAUUAAAGAUCUCCUGGGGCUCUCUAAACCCAUUAAUUUUAAACAAUAUUCCCGUUAUUUAGAUAUUACUAAAGAUAAACAUUACUUCUAUUGGUUCGUCGAGAGUCAAAAGGAUUCCGAGAACGCACCGGUAGUCCUAUGGCUGAAUGGAGGACCCGGUUGUAGUUCACUGUUUGGAAACCUGGGAGAGAACGGACCCUUUCGAGUGAAUUCCGACGGAAAGACUCUGGUGUUGAACCCCAACAGUUGGAAUACUGUGGCGAAUGUCAUAUAUUUGGAAACACCGGUCAAAACUGGCUUUAGUUAUACAGACGAUAAAAGCCAUAAAAAUACAGAUACGGAAACGGCAGCCGAUAACUUGGCAUUCCUGGAGAUUUUCUUUGAAAAAUACCCAAAUUUUAAGAAAAACCCAUUUUAUAUAACGGGAGAAAGUUAUGCCGGAAUUCAUAUACCAUUGUUAGCCAAGAAUAUAUACAAAGCAAAGUCCACAAUAAAUUUAAAGGGUGUGGCCAUUGGAAAUGGAGUCCUUACGGGAACACUAGAUGAUCAGUCAAACAUAGACUUUGAUUUGGGCCACGGAUUGAUUACAACCGAUUCCUACGAGAAAUUGAUUGAAAACUGUUGUGAGUAUAAAGCGGGUGAAAUGUUACGUGAAUGCGAUCUCACAAAUCCAGCCAAUAAGGCGUAACUAUUAAAUACAGUAC